AUGGUCCAAAAUCCACCGAUUCAGAGACGAGUCGAAUGGGACAGUGAUCCAAUAACUCUCUUGGAAGGGCUGUUGCAGCAUCGAAUCUAUCGAUUCGUCAAGGCGCAAGAGUACAAAUCAGAUAUCAAGGAUAAAAUGACAAUUGUGGAGAACCCAAAUCCAAAGCUUCCACCUACUUCUCCAACCAUUUCUCCACCAAAUUCCUAUGGAUCGGUGGUUCUAGGUGGCACCUUUGACCGCUUACAUGAUGGUCAUCGGCUUUUCCUUAAGGCAGCUGCAGAGUUAGCUAGAGAUCGAAUCAUAGUUGGUGUUUGUGAUGGACCUAUGCUAUCCAAGAAACAGUUUUUGGAGCUCAUCAUGCCUAUUGAAGAGAGAAUGAAAACUGUGGAAGAUUACAUUAAGUCUGUGAAGCCUGAGCUGGCGGUACAAGUGGAACCUAUUACCGAUCCUUACGGUCCUUCCAUUGUUGAAAAGAAUCUGGAGGCGAUUGUUGUCAGUAAGGAGACAUUACCUGGUGGAUUGUCAGUCAACAAAAAGAGAGCUGAGAGAGGCCUUUCACAACUAAAGGUGGAAGUGGUGAAUCUGGUAUCUGAAGAAUCAAGUGGAGAAAAGCUAAGUUCAUCCACAUUGAGGAAGCUUGAAGCAGAGAAAGCCAAAAAAAAUUAGCAUACAUUUAUUAAGUGGUACAUAUGAUAAGGAGAACAUCUUGAUACAAAGGAUUGGCUUACAUUUUGUGUUUCAAAAGCUGUCUCGUCGUCUUGUCUUUAGAUGAUGUUGUGUUUUAUAGACGGGUUUGUUCAAUAUAACCUUUUGUUGAAUAAAGUCGGUAUAGUGAGCGUACUUUUGAUGUUGUACGGUUUCACAAGGGGAUAGACCCUAUGACCAUGGGCUUGAAAGUAUUUAUCUUCAAAAUAAGUCACAAACAAUAUAUAAACAAACUUAUUUU